AUGCUUUAUAGAGCUUCUUCGACUACAGGAGUAUUUUCAAUAUACUGUAUUGAUCCUGUUUAUGUUUUACCUAAAACGGUCGCAAAUGAACAUAAAUACAAACAGAACAAAUCAAGAAAUUUUGACUCAAAAUCUCAACUGAGAAGUGAUGCUCACAAAAGAGAGAGUAAGGAUAAUAUCACGUGUGAAGAAUAUCAUUAG